AUGCCUAGAGAGAGGCGGGGUGCCCAGAGAGAGGCGGGGUGUCCAGAGAGGCGAGAUGCCCAGAGAGAGGCGAGAUGCCGAGAGAGAGCGGAGAUGCCCAGAGAGAGAUGCGAGAUGCCUAGAGAGAGAGGCGAGAUGCCCAGAGAGAGGCGAGGCCCAGAGAUGCCCAGAGAGAGGCGGUGUCCAGAGAGAGGCGAGAUGCCAGAGAGAGGCAGGAGAUGCCCAGAGAGAGGCGAGAUGCCUAGAGAGAGAGCGGAUGUCCAGAGAGAGGCGAGAUGCCUAGAGAGAGGCGAGAUGUGUCCAGAGAGAGGCGAGAUGCCUAGAGAGAGGCAGGUUGCCGAGAGAGCGGCAGGAUGCCGAGAGAGAGGCGAGAUGCCCAGAGAGAGGCGGGUUGCCGAGAGAGAGGCGAGAUGCCAAGAGGGAGGCGGGGUGUCCAGAGAGAGGCGAGAGGCCCAGAGAAAGGCGGGUUGCCGAGAGAGAGGCGAGAUGCCUAAAGAGAGACGGGAUGCCUAG